AUGACGUACACUAGAAAGCAGGUCAUCACAUGCAUCAGCGUGCUAUAUCUCGUCAUAGCGACGGCGCUCGCAGGAUACGCUGCAUCCCGCGCGAACGCCCGCUCUGUGCCCAUCUCUGACAUCCUGACCGGCUUCACCACGGCUCUACCUAUUGUCUCCGGCCUGUUGCUAGAAUGUGGCUAUGACUUCACACGUCGUCAGGAGCGUGGCCAGCGCCUGAACCGGGGCGAGAUUCAGCGCCCGCCGCUCGUCAUCAUCGCCAAUACACUCAUCUUCAUCUACUCGACCGUCGUCGUCACCCUGGUCGGCACCCAUGUCGCCCCGUCGUCUGGCCUAGACUGUGGCUUGCGGGAGCGCUGGCAGACGCUUUUUAGAACAAAGGACGCGCCUGCUAUCCGCCAGAUUCAAGAUGCUUUCAACUGCUGUGGUCUCGCCAACUCACGAGACAUGGCAUGGCCGUUUCCUGACAAGACGCAUGAUCAGCACGCAUGUGAAAAUACAUAUAGCGGCAGGACCAGUGGAUGCUUGGGAGCGUGGAAGGCCGAAGAGCAGCGGGUUGGAGGUCUCCUCAUUGGCGUUGUGAGCAUGGUGUUUGUGUGGCAGAUUUUGAUAAUCGUUGUGCCGACGCAGAAGGAGUCAUGGCUCCAUCGCAUUGCCCCAGAACGGCUAUCUCGCAUGCUCGCCGAUGAGAGACACGGCGAUACCGAACCUCGCCGUGCCAUCGGUUUCGUCCCUAGCCACAACCGAUAUUCCGACCGCUUCGAAGAGGAAGUUGAAGAGGAAGAGGAGGAGAGAAGUCCAGAGCGUGCGAUUGAGGAGGGCAACCGUCGUCUCGAUAGCGCUUUGCCUGGACAUCUCGCACGCGACAACCAACCAAGCAUCGAGAACGAGUGGGCUAGAGGCUAAGCGGGUGGGGGUGAAGGGCCGAUACAAGUCCACACGAUUCGUCGGGGAAGCGGCGGUGCCUGAAUGAUCCAUACAUAACAACGGGUACUCCCGUGGACGGUUAUACAUUUUCAACGUCGCAGGUCGCACCUGGGUGACAUGAAAUACUUGACAGCGUGGGUAAGUAGUGUCUGGCGCAUACAGUCAUCCCUAUACACUAGUAUGUCAACUAUUUCAUGUCACCCGCGUGGUCGCCCCCAACGGCUUUUUGAUUUAGCAUCGAGACAGGAAAUGAGGGUUUACAAAUCAGAA